AUGUGUGUGUGUGCAGCCUGCCAGGCUGCCCCGAGCCGGCGGGGAGCCAGUCCGCUCCAGGUGGCGGGCGGCUGGAGCGAGGGAGCGGACAUGGACUUCGACUCCUACCAGCACUAUUUCUACGACUAUGACUGCGGGGAGGAUUUCUACCGCUCCACGGCGCCCAGCGAGGACAUCUGGAAGAAAUUCGAGCUGGUGCCGUCGCCCCCCACGUCGCCGCCUUGGGGCUCCGAUCCCGGCGCCGCCGGGGACCCCACCUCCGGGGCUGGUCCUCCGGAGCCCUGGCCCGGAGGGGACGAAGCGGAAUGUCGGGGUCACUCGAAAGCUUGGGGCAGGAACUACGCUUCCAUCAUCCGCCGUGACUGCAUGUGGAGCGGCUUCUCCGCCCGGGAACGGCUGGAGAGAGUGGUGAGCGACCGGCUCACUCCUGGCGUGCCGCGGGGGAACCCUCCCAAGGCAUCCGCCACCCCGGACUGCACUCCCAGCCUAGAAGCCGGCACCCCGGCGCCUGCCACCCCCUGUCAACUGAGCGAGCCCAAACCCCAGGCCUGCUCAGGGUCUGAGAGCCCCAGCGAUUCGGAGGGUGAAGAAAUCGAUGUUGUGACAGUGGAGAAGAGACAGUCUCUGAGUCUCCGGAAGCCAGUCACCAUCACUGUGCGAGCAGACCCUCUGGACCCCUGCAUGAAACGCUUCCAUAUCUCCAUCCAUCAGCAACAGCACAACUAUGCGGCCCGUUUUCCCCCAGAAAGUUGCUCCCAAGAAGAGGCUCCAGAGAGAGAUCCCCAGGAAGAGACUUUGGAAAAAGACACCCCUGAGGAAAAAGAGGAUGAAGAAGAGGAAGAAAUCGUGAGCCCUGAACCUAUAGAAAGUGAGACUCCUCAGUCCUGCCAUCCCAAACCUGUCAGUUCUGAUACUGAGGAUGUGACCAAGAGGAAGAACCAUAACUUCUUGGAGCGCAAAAGGCGGAAUGACCUUCGCUCAAGGUUCUUGGCGCUGAGGGACCAGGUACCCACCCUGGCCAGCUGCUCCAAGGCCCCCAAAGUGGUGAUCUUAAGCAAGGCCUUGGAAUACUUGCAAGCCCUGGUUGGGGCUGAGAAGAGGAUGGCUACGGAGAAAAGGCAGCUCCGGUGCCGGCAGCAGCAACUGCAGAAAAGAAUCGCAUACCUCAGUGGCUACUAACUGACCAAAAAGCCUGACUCUUGUCUUACAAAGACAACACGUUUAUUUUUUAACCUCCCUUGCCCCUCUAGUAAUUUGCACAUUUUGGUUCCAGGCUCUGAUGGUCUGAACAGUAGGUCCCAGAAUGCAUUGCAGCCGGUGCACACACAAUAAGGGCUUGCAUUCUUGGAAACUCUGAAACCGAGCUCUCCCUCCUCCCUCACACAUGGAGAGUGCUGUGUCCUCCCUGGCGCCUCUGGCUUGCUCAGCAGGCAGCUGACUGAGGAGUCUUGAGGUCUGCCUAGCUCACUAGCGCUGAAGAAAAGGCUGACAGAUGCUAUGCAACAGGUGGUGGAUGUUGUCAGGGGCUCCAGCCUGCAUGAAAUCUCACACUCGGCAGGCUCUUUGGGCUAGGAAAGGAUGCUCCCACUGCUGUCUCUGGGGGUGACGCAAGGACAGCUGGGCCUGGAUGCUCUCUGAGGCUCCUUUUUCCAAGAGACACACGAGCUGUCCUGAGUGAAGACUAGCUCACAGACUUGAUCAACAAUGGACCAUUACCUCACUGUCAAGACACUUUACAGUAGCUGAGGAGUGGAAACCUUUAAUACACACACACACACACACACACACACACACACACACACACACACACACACACACAUUAGGCAACACCUCUCCCACUGUCCCUCAAUGCUGCCACCUUGAGAAACAUUUAAGGAGCUUGGCCUCUGAGUUCUUCAAGUGAGAGCUCUCAGGGCCCUUUCCUCAAAAAGAGGGACCUCUCCAUCCCCAUGAGGGACUUUUUUGUUGUUUGUUUCAUUCUGCCUUUGUUAUGCAAUGGGCUCUACUGCAUCCUUUCCCACUAGUUUCCCCAAACUACAGGGAAAUGUGUCCUAGCCUGGGGUCUGAGGAAGGCUUGGAGUCUUGGCUCUUGAACUUGUUCCCUGCCCAGUUAUUCCCCCAGGGUCAUUUAAGGCCCACCUUGGGAUCUUCUUCAGGCAGGGUGGUGUAAGGCAUCUCAGAAGGAAGCUCUGUAACAUUUCUUCUUUCUUACCUGCCUCUUGUCUCCAUCCUUGACUCUAUUUGAAGUCCUACUGGAACCAUGCAAACCUGUCCUUCUCAUCAUGCAACUCCAAGAAACUUGCUGGCUCUGCAAGCCACCAGCCCGGUUCUCUACCAGGGUGAUAGUCAGAUCCCUUUCCCGGAACCUGGGCCUAACUGAGGUGCUGGGC